CGGGAGUCAGUACACGUUGUUCUUGUUGCUCGCGCGUUGGGUGCGUCCGGCUGCAGUUUUAUUCACUCUGCGAUCGCCCAUUCGAUUGUUUUACUAUAGGGUUUUUUUUUCUUUGUGAAAUAUUAACGUUUAAAACCCACACCAAAUCGACUACUAGCGAGUAGUUAUAAAAUAUGCGUUGGCCGCCGCAACGCGAAUUUGUUGGUCGUUUUUGUCCGCCUUUUCUUUAAAAUUGUGACUUAGUUUUAUCUAUUAUAUAAAUUUCUAGAAAAUUUGUUUUAAACAUUUUUUUUUAAAGCGGCCGUUAAAAAGUUCGUGACUAUGUAUUUGUCAACUGUCGGCUCUCUACUGCUUCUGUUGUUGGCUACCUCAACACUAUCAUCGGAGUCACCAAACAAUCCUAAAUUGAAUUAUAAAAUUAAUUGUGACAAUAAUGUUAUGACUAUUGACAUCAAAAGAACUGAAGACAUCAAAAGUAUUUAUUUGAGCAAGUUGAAAUUCUAUCCAAUUAAAGCUUGCAAACCAAUAUUUGAAGAAGAUCUCAUAAAAUUCAGAUUAUCUCUCGAAGACUUUUAUCAGUGCGGAAUUACUAAAGUGACCAAUAAAGGAACUGGUGCAGUCACAUAUUACCAUCAAGUUGUUAUUGAAAAAGAUGAGGGAUCUUACAAAUCGUUUUUGGACUUUAAAUGUUGGUUUGGUGGUAAGAGUGGUAAUCAUACAAUGACAAAGAGGAAUGUACUUCCUGCCGGUUUUCAAGAACCAGAAGAUUUAGAGAUCACUACUCUGACUAAAAAUGCUCCGGUGCCCAUGUUAAAGAUUGGUGUACGGCAAGAUGGAAAUAUUGUUGAUGGUGAGCUAAAUGUCAACCCACAAACACUGUUACAAAUGGAAAUUUAUUUAGACAAAGAAAGCGCACCUAUCUAUGGACUUUUGGUUAGUUACAUGAAAGUUACAGAUACCAAAGCUCAGGAAGAAACCAUCAUAUUUAACGGGUGUUCCUUGGAUCCGUUAUUAUUCCAAAACUUUAAUACAACUGACGGUGACAUGUUAACUGCUAAAUUUAGAGCAUUUAAAUUUCCAGAAUCAACUUACGUACAGUUCAUAGGCACUGUAAACGUUUGCCUAGACAAAUGCCGCGGGGUUGACUGCAGCAAUGGUAAAAUUGGUUUUGGUAGGAAAAGGCGAGAAAUAAGUGGUAUACCACCUGAUCCCAACAAAGUUUUUGAAGUUUCUAUGACAACGUUUAUUAAAGUUGAAUACAAAAACGAAAUAGAUCAAGAUAAAGUUAAAUUAGACACAGGAAUUCCUUACAGUGAAGAAAAACAAGCUAACUCGAACAGUUUAGAUAUACAACCAAAAGAAGAUAUACGAACUAAUAAGAACAAUAAUCAUAUGCGCGUCGACACUGAGGAAAUCCGCGAAGAACUAAAGUAUACUGUAUUGGGUAAAAAUACAGGUGGCUCUGGUCAAGAUAAAGUCACAUCUAUGAACGUAUUAACAAUUAUUUCAGUAUCUGCUAUUUUGUUUUGGACAAAUGUAUUUGCAUAAAUACUAACAACUCUUAUAUAUAUAUUUAAGUUUUUAUAUAGGUCUAACUUUAUUAACUUUCCUAUUUUAAAUGUAAAACUUCAAAUGAUUAUAAUAAUAUAACUUGUUUUAAUGUUACCAACAAUAACAAUUUUUUAUGCAUGAUUUUAAUAAAAAUUUACUUAAGUUAUCUAUAAAAAAUAUUUAAAACUAUAAACUAAUUUUAAUGUUUUAAUGUAAAAAUAUAACUCAUGUUGCAUUCAAUACAUCCCUCCAUCUCUUUUUUGGUCUUUCUCUACCUCUUCUUCCUUCAACGUUCAUUUCUAUAACUUUUCAUACAGCUUCCAAUUGUUUUCUCUUCAAAACAUGACCAAACCAGCUAAGUCUAUUUUCUCUCAUCUUAUCUUCGAUUAUCCAUCUAUAUUUCCCUUAUAUGUUCGUUCCUUAUCCUAUCUUCUCUAGUCACUCCACUCAUCCAUCCCACCAUUCUCAUAUCUGCUACACUCAUUAUCUGCUCUACUUUCUUAUCAAUUGCUCAACACUCUGAACAUCAUAUUUGGUCUCACUACAGUCUUAUAGAACUUACCUUUCAGUCUUAUUUGAAUUCUCUUAUUGCAUAACACAUUAGACGCUUUUCUCCACUUCACCCACCCGUAUUUAAUCCUGUGUCUUGCAUCUUCGUCAAUAUUACCGUUCUUUUUCACAACUGAUCCUACAUACUUAAAACUUUCCACCUCUCCUAUCACGUCCUCACCUAUUGUCACUGAUCUCCUCAUUUCACUUACUUCGUCUUCUUCUUUGUCAAACCGUACUCUAUAUAUUCUGUCUUACUCCUACUUAUUCGUAAUUCCUUUUCUUCAAGAACUAAUCUCAGCACCUCUAGCCUUUGAUUAAUUUCCUCCCUAUUUCUGCUAUUAAUACUAUUUCGUCAGCGAACAACAUGCAAUAUGGCACCUUUCCUUGUAUUUCUCUAGUAAUUUCAUCCAUCACUAGAAAUAAAGUAAGGGCUUAAAGCAGCACCAUGGUACACUCCUAUUUUUACCUUAAAACCUUCUGUUAUAUCCUAUAUUAUAUUACUGUACAUUUUCGGAACUCCUUUUGAAAUUCCAGGCAAAAUAUGAAAAUAUAACUGUAUUUUAAAUUAAAAAUUAAUACUAGAUUACUUUAACAGUCUCUAUUUUAUCAUAUUCAUUUGCUAUACAGUUUUUAAUAAUAUUAAUUAAAUUUUAAACAUUGUAUAAAAAUUCUAAUUGAAUUAAUGAUAAACUAAUAAUUAAAUUAUUAAGUUACGUAUGCGAGUUUGAAUAUAUAUAUAAUUAAUAAUAUUUUUCGGCAAAAAUUAAAUACUGUUUAAAAGAAAAAACACAUAUAUGAUACUAUCAUAAAAAUAUCUUUAAAGUA